CCUCGUUAUCGAUAAUAUAGAUAAGAUAACUCAAUUUUUGAUGAUAAGAACGCUUGUAUCACCUUCACGUGACCCACCUCAGCCUGGGCCCCGGGGCCCAGGCGAGGCGCAUGCGUGUGUCUAAGCUGCCUUGAGCUUCCAACCCAAGCUCAACCCCAAGCUCGACGACAAGUAACCACAGUACUCCUCGGAACCCCCAAAUUACUCCCAGGCUCCGAGAUUCUUAGGCGACUGCGAUCUGUACACAGCCCGGAAUUACUCCCAACAAUUUUCCACUUUCGCGACAAUGGAGUUUGGCAAUUCGGGCUCGCUGAGCGAAGACGGUAUCCAUCUAGACAUGGACCGGUUGAAGAAAGGGGAGGUCAACCUAGGUACUUCGAUUAUGGCAGUGACAUUCAAGGACGGCGUUAUACUAGGCGCCGACUCUCGCACAACAACGGGAGCGUACAUUGCGAACCGCGUAACCGAUAAGCUCACCCAGGUGCAUGACACCAUCUGGUGCUGCCGCUCCGGCUCGGCCGCCGACACGCAAGCAGUUGCCGACAUUGUCCAAUACCAGCUAGGCCUAUUCGCCACGAUGAACGGCAAGCCGCCAACGACACAGACGGCCGCCGCCAUCUUCCAAGAGAUCUGCUACGCAAACAAGGACCGGUUGACCGCCGGUCUCAUCAUCGCGGGCUGGGAUGAGCGUCACGGCGGCCAGGUCUACAGCAUCCCGCUCGGAGGCUCACUGCACAAGCAACCGUACGCGAUCGGCGGGUCCGGGUCGACAUACAUCUACGGCUUUUGCGACGCCCAUUGGAAGGAGGGCAUGGAGGAGGCCGAGGCGGUCGAGUUUGUCAAGGGCGCGCUCAAGGAGGCGAUCAAGUGGGACGGCAGCUCAGGCGGCGUCAUCCGAAUGGUCGUCUUGACGGCCAAGGGCGCUGACAGGCACCUUUAUCUACCGGACACCGAUUACAAAGUUCGACACACGUGAGCUUGCUUUGAGUUUUAAGAUCGAGGAUAGGCCGGGUCUAGAGGGGCGGGAGUCCAAUUCGUGGACGUGUACCAUUAUACCAUUUGUCCUAGCUGUGAACACAGUGGAAUAUCAUAGAUCUGGACCAAGAUUGCUCAAGUAGGAGCUUCGCGGUUGCGGCCGUUCAGGGGCAUCUGGGGAUCCUAUCGCUGGGUACAUUGGGAAGCUUAUUGACCCGCAUGCACGAGGAAGGACGCGAAAGGCAGCCUCAGACUACUAGUAACGCAGCCGUAGGCGGGCAAGUGGCGUGUAGUAAAUGUUCUGCUUGGGGAAGAAGAGAAAACGGGCAGUGGUGAAAGCCCCGUAGCUGAGAACAGCCGGAAACAAGCUACAGGUUUGCUUCGUCUGUUCUUCUCGAUCACCUCGCUGACUGUCUCAAAAAAUACCCCAGGUGAGGGAAACUCGAAUCCCGAGAUGGACAC